AUGGUGGUUGGUACAUGCCUUUUUCCCAGCAAAUGUAAUGCUUCAAGAAACACACAAUCUCUUCUCGUACUCUUACGGCGAUCCAGACCUUUGUCGACACAGCCGGCGUUGAGGACGAGAGCACGCCCUGUAAAAUCUCCAUGCUUGAUUCAACCCCUACUUAGAUCACAUCGCCCUUGCUGGAUACCCCAACGCCUUCUUUCAACCUACACAACAUCAAUAGAAUCACCACUCGACACAAAUAACGAACGAGAACCACUCGAAAAACUAGACUUUCCUAUAGAUCUUCAUGGCUUAUUCACAAAAGAACUUGCGCAACAAGAAUCGACAGACAAGACAACCGAACAACCGUUAAAGGUCACUCGAAAAAAACCACCACUUCCAGACAUUCCCGCCCUUUAUAAUCAUAUAAAUAACAACGACCUCGCUAGCGCCCUCUCUCUUGUCCUGAACCCAAACCCUAAUGCACCUGUAUAUCCCCGUGAAGACCAACGAAAGGUCUAUGAGAGGAUAUCAAAACUCUCUGUCGACGAAAUUCUUGCUUUAUUCGAACCAUACUCACAAUACCUUUCCACAAAAGACAAAGAGGGCACAGGUGCCAGGCGGCGAAUUCAAAGAGGACUCAAGGAAGCGACUUCUUUUUGGAAAAUCGACAAAAUCAAAGAGAUACUUCACAAGUCCACCGAAGAACGGAUACAGGCUUAUUUAUUCAAUAUUUUGAUGCAAGCUUACCGCGAAUCGCUUGAACUCGACCUUCUUCUGAAUAUCCCAUCAAAUCUCACCUCGGAAUCCAAUACACGAUUCUGUAACACCGCAAUGGACACUGCAUUAAAGCAAAAACAACUCCAACACGUCGACGCGAUUUUUGAGAAAAUGAAAAGUUUGAAUUGUAUCCCAGACACUGCCUCUUUCAAUAUCUGGAUCCGAGCAAAACUCGUAACAUUAGAUAUCGAAGGAGCGACAGAGAUUUAUGAAAAUAUGAUUCUACGGAAGAUCCAACCCACGAUCGCAACCUACAAUACAUUUCUGUCGUAUGUAUGCCAGAACAAGAAAUGGUCAAUUUUAGAUAAGUGGGUGGAUCGCUUAGAAGAAAAUUCCAUGCCGAACUCCAUUACUCUACGCAUAAUUCUAGCAGCAGUAACAGAACACGAAGAACCCCGUGUGGUGUCUGCAUUUGAUCGUAUUGCUGCACGUAUACCGCCUUCAAAAGAUCCAGAGUACGUCCUAAACUCCAGCAUCGCCGUCUUACUUCGACUCAAAAAAAUCAAUACAGCUCUUGGACUCCUUCGGACGAUGUUUGAAAGCGAACGGGAUUUAAGUGUGUACGCUUAUAAUCUAUUGAUCCACGCUUUAACGUUAAAAGGCGACAUGUCUUCAGCUCGUAAAUUACUGUAUUCGAUGGAAAAUAAUAAUUACGAUCGAUCAAUUCCUGAACCCGAUCUCGUCAGCUUCACAACGUUAAUACAUGGAUAUAUUCGCGGUGCCCCUUCUCCCGAAUUGAUCGAUAUGCAAUCUAUACUAGACAUCUAUCGACACAUGCUUGACCGUAAAAUAUAUCCUAACCAGGUUCUUCGAUCAGUAUUACUCUACGGACUCUUGAAAUCUGGAUCUGUGAACGUCAGCGCAGCCCAGAGUAUGUUUGAUCUUAUGCUGGUGAAUGAUAAGGCAGUCAAGACUUCUGCAGCUGAAUCUUCACACACAAUCUUGUACAAUAUCAUGAUUGAUGGUUACUUUAUCCAUCAUAUCAACAAUAAAUCGAAAAUUGGACGUAGUAUACCUCACGAACCCUACCGACUACUAGAGAUGGCAACAAAGACAAAGGUGCCUCUGUCAACAUCUACCCUCAAUAUCAUGGUGCGUGGUUUAGGAGUAUUUAACAGCGAAUGGAUAGAGGCGGAGAAGAUGGUAGAAUGGUUCGAGUCUAAAGGUGUGAUGAUGGAUGAACGGACGACAUGGUAUUUUGUUUACAUGGCUUACAGGCGAGGUCAUCUUAACAAGGCACGCAAAUGGUUAGAAAAAUAUGAAAGCAGAGGAUGCGUGGUGCAUGGAGACGGGCUUGUUCAUAUUAAAACUUUGUUAAUCAAAUAAGAUCUUGUAUUUAAUUCCCUCCCUUUCCCCCCCUCUCUUUGUAAUAUUAAUAAAAACGAAUAAUCUCUUUCUAAACC